GCAGGUUGUUGUUCUGCCACUGAGAAGAGACACAGACACUGAGAGACGAUUAGAUUCAGGGCAAAGCCAGGACGUUUUAUGGGGGGAACCACAGCAGGGAUACAAGAGAAAAUGGCUUCCCCAUUAGAGGAGGAUCUAUCCUGUCCUAUCUGCUAUGAUAUCUUUAAAGAUCCAUUGGUCCUGUCAUGCAGCCACAGCUUCUGCAAAGACUGUCUGAAUAGCUGUUGGAAAGAUAAACAAAUGAAGGAAUGUCCAGUUUGUAAGGGAAGCCCCUUAACGAGUGAUCCACCUCGUAACUUGGCAUUAAAAAACCUGUGUGAGACUUUCUUACUGGAGAGAGAUCAGAGAGGUCCAGAGGUUCUCUGCAGUCUGCACUCUGAGAAACUCAAACUCUUCUGUCUGGACCAUCAGCAGCCGGUGUGUGUCAUCUGCAGAGAUUCAAAAACACACAACCACCACAGAUUCAGACCCAUCAAUGAGGCUGCACAGGAUCACAGAGAGGAGCUCCAGGAAGCCCUGAAGCCCUUAAAGGAGAAACUUAAGCUCUGUGAACAAGUUAAAGGAAACUGGGAUCAAACAGCCGAACACCUGAAGGUCCAGGCCGGACGCACAGAGACGAAGAUUAAGAAGCAGUUUAAGAAGCUUCACCAGUUUCUAGAAGAGGAAGAGGAGGCCAGAAUCUCUGCUCUGAGGGAGGAAGAGAAGUGGAAGAGUCAGAGAAUGAAGGAGAAGAUGGAGGCUCUGAGCAGAGAGAUAGCAGCUCUUUCAGACACAGUCAGAGCCACAGAGGACGAGCUGAGAGCCGAAGACAUCUCGUUCCUGCAGAACUACAGGGCUGCUGUGGACAGAGUCCGGCAGCGCCCCCUGCUGGAGGAUCCACAGCUGCUCCCAGGAGCUCUGAUAGACGAGGCCAAACACCUGGGCAACCUGAGCUUCAACAUCUGGAACAAGAUGAAGGAGAUGGUCUCCUACACUCCUGUGAUUCUGGAUCCAAACACCGCUCAUCCAGAACUGAUCCUGUCUGAAGAUUUGACCAGCGUGAGUCGUGGAGAGAGACAGAAGCUUCCUGAAAACCCAGAAAGGAUUUAUUUCUACCCCUCCGUCCUGGGCUCCGAGGGCUUUAACUCCGGGACUCACAGCUGGGAUGUCGCGGUUGGACACAGUCCGAUCUGGGCAGUGGGAGUAUUAGCAAAGUCUGUCCAGAGCAAUGAAGACAAACUGUCUGGACUGUUCAGAAUCGUGUUCUAUGAAGGGGAGUACACAGCAGACUCCGAUCGUGAUUCCCUCACUGUUCUCACUGUAAAGAAGAAGCUCCAGAGCAUCAGAGUUCAUCUGGACUGGAACAGAGGAAAACUGUCAUUCUUUGAUCCUGAUACUGACACACACAUACACACCUUCACACACACUUUUACUAAGAGGCUGUUUCCAUACUUUAACACUGUAAACACACACCCACUGAAGAUAUUACAAAUUCCUGUCGUUUAGACAGGCGUUUCGGGACUUUUCUAGACAUGUAUCAGUGUGACCAUGGCUUCAUUUGACCCUGUCUCACUCACAGCAGCUCAUUUGAUGCAUCAGGGGGGAUUGUUUUCCAAAAAUGUACAGUUGGCAGUUUGGCCUGUGGAACCAGUCGCCAAUCUCUGGCAUCAAACUCUUGUGCUUUUUCUGAAAUGUUUACGCUCAUCCAGUCAACAGAAAGUUAAAGUUCCCUGUGAGUUAUUCUCA